AUGAUUGUGUCUGUCAAUGUGUCUGUCAAUGUGUCUGUCAAUGUGUCUGUCAAUGUGUCUGUCAAUGUGGCUGUUAAUGUGUCUGUCAAUGUGUCUGUCAAUGUGUCUGUCAAUGUGUCUGUCGAUGUGUCUGUCGAUGUGUCUGUCAAUGUGUCUGUCAAUGUGUCUGUCAAUGUAUCUGUCAAUGUGUCUGUCAAAGUGGCUGUUAAUGUGUCUGUCAAUGUGUCUGUCAAUGUGUCUGUCGAUGUGUCUGUCAAUGUGUCUGUCAAUGUGUCUGUCAAUGUAUCUGUCAAUGUGUCUGUCAAAGUGGCUGUCAAUGUGUCUGUCAAAGUGUCUGUCAAUGUGUCUGUCGAUGUAUCUGUCAAUGUAUCUGUCAAUGUGUCUGUCAAAGUGGCUGUUAAUGUGUCUGUCAAUGUGUCUGUCAAUGUGUCUGUCGAUGUGUCUGUCAAUGUGUCUGUCAAUGUGUCUGUCAAUGUAUCUGUCAAUGUGUCUGUCAAUGUGGCUGUCAAUGUGGCUGUCAAUGUGUCUGUCAAGGUGUCCGUCAAUGUGUCUGUCAAUGUGUCUGUCAAAGUGUCUGUCAAUGUGGCUGUCAAUGUGGCUGUCAAGGUGUCCGUCAAUGUGUCUGUCAAUGUGUCUGUCAAAGUGGCUGUCAAUGUGGCUGUCAAAGUGUCUGUCAAUGUGGCUGUCAAUGUGGCUGUCAAUGUGUCUGUCAAAGUGGCUGUCAAUGUGUCUGUCAAUGUGUCUGUCAAAGUGGCUGUCAAUGUGGCUGUCAAAGUGUCUGUCAAUGUGUCUGUCGAUGUGUCUGUCAAUGUGUCUGUCAAUGUGUCUGUCAAAGUGGCUGUCAAUGUGUCUGUCAAUGUGUCUGUCAAAGUGGCUGUCAAUGUGGCUGUCAAAGUGUCUGUCAAUGUGUCUGUCGAUGUGUCUGUCAAUGUGUCUGUCAAAGUGGCUGUCAAUGUGUCUGUCAAUGUGUCUGUCAAAGUGGCUGUCAAUGUGGCUGUCAAAGUGUCUGUCAAUGUGGCUGUCAAUGUGGCUGUCGAUGUGUCUGUCAAAGUGUCUGUCGAUGUGUCUGUCAAUGUGUCUGUCAAAGUGUCUGUCAAUGUGUCUGUCAAGGUGUCCGUCAAUGUGUCUGUCAAUGUGUCUGUCAAAGUGUCUGUCAAUGUGUCCGUGAAUGUGUCUGUCAAAGUGUCUGUCAAGGUGUCCGUCAAUGUGGCUGUCAAUGUGUCUGUCAAAGUGUCUGUCAAUGUGUCUGUCAAUGUGUCUGUCAAAGUGUCUGUCAAUGUGUCCGUCAAUGUGUCUGUCAAUGUGUCUGUCAAUGUGUCUGUCAAAGUGGCUGUCAAUGUGUCUGUCAAGGUGUCCGUCAAUGUGGCUGUCAAUGUGUCUGUCAAAGUGUCUGUCAAUGUGUCCGUCAAUGUGUCUGUCAAUAUAAAGUGGCUGUCGAUGUGUCUGUCAAUGUGUCCGUCAAUGUGUCUGUCAAUGUGUCCGUCAAUGUGUCUGUCAAUGUGUCUAUCAAUGUGUCUGUCAAUGUGUCUGUCGAUGAACAACAGUCAGCAGCUAAAAGGCCUUUGAUAAUAUAAAAAAUGCAAUUGCGGGGAAAAAACAGUUUGGAUGUGUCACGACUUCCGCUGAACUUGGCCCCUCUCCUUGUUCGGGCGGUCGACGUCACAGACCUUCUAGCCUUCGCUGAUCCAUUUUUCAUUUUCCAUUUGUUUUGUCUUGUCUUCCUUCACACCUGGUUUCAAUCCCAUCAAUGACACGUUGUGUAUUUAACCCUCUGUUUCCCCUCAUCUCCUGGUUGGUGAUUGUUUGUUGUAUGUUUUGCUCAAGUCAUGUUCUGGUGUGUGAUGGGUUUUGUACCCGUUUAUAUUAUUUUUCUAUAUAUUGUUUUUUUUUUGUUUUUUUUUUAGCAUUUAUUAAAUUGCUCUGUUUAUACCAAG